AUGGCGUCUCUAAAGGUUUACGAGCCAUGGUGGUGUUGGUCAAGUCUUGCAGUUUUAAUAUCAAAUGAAUCUAUCAUUCCUUUCCUUUCAAGAAAUGAUCCAGAGAGUAGUAAUGUGGUGCACUGCUUCAAUCCUGCUUUCGUCCAUGCAAUUGCAGUUCCUGAAGUUGAUAUGUUAGAUAAAUUUGACAAGAUAUGUUUUGUGGCUAGAGGUGAUGGUGUUGUUGAUGUUAUUAACAUCAAAUCAGACUUUUCUACUGCCAAGUCCAACGGUUUUCGAAACCGAGAAAAGGUGGUCAAUCAAGAUCAAAUGGAAGGGGCAUUUUCUACGUUUGGGGAGAAAAGAAGGUACAUAAUAUCAAGAGCCAACGAUAAAGCUGUGAAGGCUUGGAACUGGGCGGUUUUGGUAAAUUGGCUAUGCACCAUCCCGACUGAUUCGGAAAAUCUUGUUGUAUGUGAUACCUCUAAAGUAGCGAAGUUUUAUACAGUUGCAUAA